AUGUUGAUGCUGCUGGUUCGAGGGGAGCAAGACGAUCAGUUGACAUUGGCAAUGCUUCUGAGUCCGAAGUUUCUGACCUUCACGCAGACGCUGUCGAAGCACAUGUGUGUCAAGCUCAGUGUGGCCCAAGGUUUUUCUUCACAGAACGAGUGA